AGCUGCAUCAGAACUUAAAUUGAAAGAACAUAAAGCAAGAAAGAGGGAUUACUUCUCAUCCUUGUCCCCUCUAUUCUGCAGCAAAAGGAGAAAUGGCUCAAGCAAUCCAAGCUCCUCAAUUCACUACACCUAAAGUCUCAAAACUCCAAAACCAGUAUUCUUCACCACAUUCUUUAAUCUUUGGGUCAAGAAUUGCGAAAGGUUCACCAAAAUAUUCAUGGGUUUUGAGUAAAGAUUCGAUGUUGACUAGAGGUAGGUCUCCUUUGAAGGUUUUUGCUUCAGUGGCCGCGGCUGAGAAGCCGUCUACUGUGCCAGAGAUUGUGCUUCAGCCUAUUAAAGAGAUAUCUGGCACCGUCAAGUUGCCUGGCUCAAAAUCCCUCUCCAAUCGCAUUCUUCUCCUUGCUGCCCUGGCUGAGGGAAGAACUGUUGUUGAUAACUUGUUGGACAGUGAUGAUAUCCAUUACAUGCUCGGUGCUUUAAAGACACUGGGUCUGCAUGUGGAAGAUAAUCGCGCUGUACAGCAAGCAAUUGUAGAAGGUUGUGGUGGUCUAUUUCCUGUUGGUAAAGAAUCUAAAGGUGAAAUUCAACUAUUCCUGGGAAAUGCUGGAACAGCUAUGCGCCCAUUGACUGCAGCAGUUGCUGCUGCUGGUGGGAAUUCAAGCUAUGUACUUGAUGGAGUUCCUAGAAUGAGGGAGAGGCCAAUUGGUGAUCUGGUCUCUGGUCUUAAGCAGCUUGGUUCUGAUGUUGAUUGUUUUCUUGGUACAAAUUGCCCCCCAGUUCGUGUAGUGGGAAAGGGAGGCCUUCCCGGGGGGAAGGUGAAGCUCUCUGGAUCUAUCAGUAGUCAAUACCUAACUGCUUUACUCAUGGCAGCUCCACUGGCUCUAGGAGAUGUUGAGAUUGAAAUUAUUGAUAAACUCAUUUCUGUUCCUUAUGUUGAAAUGACUUUGAAACUGAUGGACCGGUUUGGGGUCACUGUAGAGCAUAGUGGUAGUUGGGACAGAUUCCUGGUUCAUGGGGGUCAGAAAUACAAGUCUCCUGGAAAAGCUUAUGUUGAAGGUGAUGCCUCAAGUGCCAGUUACUUCUUAGCUGGUGCAGCUGUUACUGGUGGUACCAUUACCGUCGAAGGUUGUGGGACUGGCAGUUUACAGGGUGACGUGAAAUUUGCUGAGGUUCUUGAGGAAAUGGGUGCUGAAGUCACCUGGACAGAAAACAGUGUUAUUGUUAAAGGACCGCGGAGGGAUUCUUCCAGAAGAAAACACCUUCGUGCCAUUGAUAUCAACAUGAACAAAAUGCCAGAUGUUGCCAUGACCCUUGCUGUAGUUGCACUUUUCGCGGAUGGUUCCACUGCAAUAAGAGAUGUGGCUAGCUGGAGAGUGAAGGAAACUGAGCGGAUGAUUGCUAUAUGCACAGAGCUUAGAAAGUUAGGGGCUACAGUUGAAGAAGGGCCAGAUUACUGCAUAAUCACUCCACCAGAGAAGUUAAAUAUUACAUCAAUUGAUACUUAUGAUGAUCACAGAAUGGCUAUGGCUUUUUCUCUGGCGGCAUGUGCAGGUGUUCCUGUAACCAUCAAGGAUCCUGGCUGCACACGCAAAACCUUCCCUGAUUACUUUGAUGUCCUUGAAAAGUUCUCAAAGCACUGAAUAAACUUUUUGGAACGAUAUGUAGCAUCACAUAAAGAAUGUGAACAAUUUUAGAGGGCUGCUACAAGAAUGGAGUUUCCAGUCUCUUUGUGCAGGAGAUGUUGGAUGCUUGCAGCCCCUUAUCUUAGUGAGAGUGUUCAACAUGGGUCAGGAAGUCAAGUUGUUUUGCUGAAGCCGUGGAUAGAUUAAAAUCUGUGUGCUGGUUUAACUCAAAUUCUUGGUAAACGAGUGUGUGUAUCUCUAGCAACUUAUUACAUGGAAAGAUCCCUUUUUGUUGGCUCUGCAUUUGAAUGAAAGUCAUUAAAAUUGAUAGUUUCACA